AUGUUUCUAAGCUCACGAUUUCUUCGCUCCGUCCGCUACCAACCCAAUUCAACCACGGCAUCGCUCCUGAUCAACGCGCUCAUGAAGCCGGUCUGCCUUGGUCGAUUUCGACCGAUGAUCCUGCUUUUCAACCGGCCGAACAUCCCCUCCAUACUCGGCAUAGGCAGCACUCGACAGAGUCACAGCCUUGGGACGGGGGGCAGGCGGCAUUCAUCUUCGGCAGCAGGGGGGAAGAAGGGAGGAGGAAUCCAGAAAGGGGGAAGCGGGGGCAAUAAUGACCAGUUUGGUAAAGGCGAUGCGGGGAACGGGAGAGGUGGCGAUGGGAAGUCGGUCAGCGGAGAAUCAAAGGAUGGCAGUUACCAGACCGUCAGCCCAGCUACAAUUCAGGUAUACUCUGAUCCAACCCUGGCCAGGACAGUGCGUGAACUUUCGGUUGUCCUCCAGAGGCUCCGCAACCAACUCAAGAACCUCAAAGAGGACGUUGAAGACACUGCCUUUGAGCUCCUGAAGCAGGGCCAGAAUCAGGCCACUUUGGACAAGGUGUUCAAGGAAGCCUGCACGCUGUCUUCAGAGAGCUCAAAGGCAGUCAAGGAACAGACACGGGUCCAGACCGUCAUGGAAAAGAACCUCGAGUUCUUCUCUAGAAUGUCUGCAAGCCAUGACAACCAGAUCCGAGAUUCUAUCCUGCGGUUAAACGAGUGCGACCGCCGCCUGGAGGUGGCUCUCUCCAAGCUGGACUAUGUCAGUUCUUCCCUGCGGCGUGUUAAGAGGUUGGUGACGGAGGACGUCAAAUGGGACCUUCAGGAACUCAGGUUGGCCAUCAAGAUUGCCAGGAAUGAGACUAGGAAUAUCAAAAAUGCUCUGGUACGUGAAGGAAUCGUUGUGCAUUCCUCUCACCCCAUUCAAAGCAGUAAAAGUGAAACUUUGAAGAGUAAUGAAGUCGCACUGAUUAAACAAGAAUGAUGAAAAUUCAUAGCCGAUGGAAAUCAUAAAAUUCAUACAAUAAAAGUUAAGAAUUUAUUGUUUGAUUCAUCUUUAGUUUUAAAAAAUGUUUAAAUUGUGAAACUUGAAAAUGUUUUGAACACUUUCAGAUGUGUCAUUUUGUCAUCAGACGACUGAUGGCAUAAUAUAUUUAUUGAGUAGACAUGAAAUGUAAUAGAAAAUAAGUAUUUCUAUAGGGGAAAUUCUUGAGCACAUGAAUUAUACAUUUUGUGUCUGAGAAGCAGUGAAUAGUCUGGAAUCAAAAGUAAAAUUGAGUUUGUUUUCAAGAAUCAUGAUAUACUUACUAGCAGUGCUGUUAAUAGUACAAUAUUUAUCUCACAUUGGAUAAAUGCAAGGAAGAUUAAACAUUGUAAAUUUUUUCCUGAAUGAGGUGGUCCCAAAUACUACCAGAAUAAUUUUUUUUGAGCGUUGUAAGUCUUCUGAUCGGAAGUUAAGCCCCCAUGGGAUAGAAAUCAGGGGCAGUACUCGGUUUUUAACAUAUUUGUAUGUUGGGCUUUAUUACAAAUCAUCAAAAUAUUUACACAUUUUUUCAAAAGCUUGACCACAAAAAGGCAGUCACACUUAUGAUUGACGUAGAUUUGGUCAGUUUGAUACAAGAUAACAUCGUCUAUCUUGAAGCCAGAAGAGCGAAAACAAACACAGAGUGAAUGCCAUUAUGGCUCCUAACUCCACUGCUAAUGUAAUUCUUUGACACAAGUCUGACUAAUUUAAGCUUUCUUCUGUGUUCAUGUUUAUAAAUGGAUAUUUCCCCAAUUAUCAAAAUUUCAUAUACAAUGCUCAGGAGUAUGAUUUGAAACACAUAUCAUAUCUACCUCAGAAGCUAUGCUUCAGAAUUCAGCAUUAAUUGAACGGUUCCCUAGACUGAACUGAACA